AAGCUUCAUUCAGUCGGUGAAGGAAACAUACAGUGCAGCUAUAUUAUCUUACUUUAUCUGGCUCCACCGGUCACAUUUUAAGAGCAUGGUUUUAAACCUAAACUACGAGUAUUGUUUAGUUUUAUGAUGUGAUUAUAUUUCAUCUCGUAAAUGUAUACAAUUAAGCGUCCCCGACAACUCGCUGCAUAGUUUAUUUCUUGACAAUAAGACAACAUAGAAGCGUUGUAGCUCGUCUUUUGGCGCCACCUAGUGGGAAAAAGGCCGUAUCACGAUGGCGACCAGUAAUUAUUUAGAAACAGCUUAUUAUUUUACUCGUUACAAGUCAGUGGUGGAAGAAGUAUUCAGAUCCUUUACUUAACAGUGUAAAUUGCACUGUAGUGGGUCAUGGUGAAGCUAUUUCAAACAAUUUUAUUUUGGAGUUGAAUCCCAAACAAUGCCUCAUAUAUUAUUUUUUGUUGGCACAAAAUCUUAAUCGACGUAAAAAGUACAUUUCUCAUGAAGUAGAAGUAAAAGUAUAAAGUAGCAGAUAAUGGAAAUAAUCAAGUGCUAUUUUCUCAAAUUUGUACUUUAGUAUCCUAGAUGAGUAAAUGUGCUUUGUUUACAUUGCACUGCUAGUUAGCACACUGAUACAACAAAUCCUUGGUAUGAUUCAAAGUAGUUUCUCUCCCUUAAUGGAUCAGGGGUUGGAGUGUCCUUGACAUAAAGCAAUUCAUAAAAUCUUUGUGUUUCUAUGCUUCCAUGGAGCACAGAUAAAGUGGAGAUCUCUCUCUUUAUUCAGCCAUAUAUGCUCAUUGUUUUUAAGAGAGACGUAUCAGUGUGUUGUAACCGCCUUUGUCUUUGUUGAUUUCUCAUGCACACCAAUGCUGUCACAUUGCAGUCCAACAGAGGGCAAAGUGCAAGCUGCACUGUGACUUUAUAGUUCAGCCUGCUCUCUCUCUCUUGUUCUCUUUCGCUUCCUCCCUCCCCCUGUCAAGUCUCCACCUUGUUUUCUAUACCAGUCAGACUUUCACUCACCAGGCGAUAUAUUUGCUGUGAUUUUCUUGUUUAUUGGAACAUCAGUAAAGGUAAGACCCCUUCCUGUUGUCUAAAAUGUUUAUUUUUUUAUUUAAAGUAAUUUACAUCAAUUGUUAAUCCACUCCUAUGAAGCUUCCCACUAUUUCAGCAUGGCCAGUUCAAUGUUCAUUCAUGUGCGGCAAACUGGACAUAUUGCUUCUCCCUACUUGAAUGUUGACGGGCACUGAUGCAAGUCCAAAUCUGAUUCUAGACCACCACUUUCAGUAAACAAAGGGGACAUGUGAUGGAUGGUAAAUCUCGGGGGGAUUAAUAAUAAAAAGUGCCUCCCUGCCGAUGCAGUAAGAGGGGGAGAUUAGCCUACUGACAUAUUAAGACACUGAGCCCCAGGAGACAUGUUUCCACUGGGAUUCAGUCCAUUUUAAGAGGCCAUUUAAUCUCGCAGUAAGUCUUAAAAGCCUACUUUUCUAAGGUCAAGUGAAAAACCCUGCCGGUGGGGAUGUUAUAAUCCCAUUUAUUACUAAUGCAAAUGAACUUGCCUUGAAUCAAGUGACAUGGAUUUGAUACUAAUUAGAUGGACUUCUAAUUGAUUGAGAUAUCCUUGAAACAAGUAGAAUAAAAUAAAAUGACAUCAUCCCGUUGGCGGAUUUAAGUCAAUGUAUGAAUUAACAAAUAACUAAAAAGUCUCUGUGGGGAUCAAAGGAACUAAAGGGAGAUUAGUUUACUGCUCUAAUAAAAAGCCUUUAGGGAAGGGGGAAAAGCAGAGAUGGAGAGGAUCUAAAUGGAGAAGAAACUAGUAAUACAAUAGCUGUUCACAGUGAGGUGUUGCUGUCAACUUUUAGUUCUGGUAUUUUGCACAACCACUUUCUAUUUCUAAGAAUCUGUCGGUUGAACUACAGACACUCGGAUGGCUCUAUUCCUGCUGCAUUUGAGAAGGCAGAGGAUGUUUGUUAUACUGUCAAAAAAGAAAGAAACAAAGAUGGCUAAUCCAUUUCAGAAUGCCUUCCUUUAAAAUGGGAAAUAGAGACUAUAAUUAGAGUUGAAACUCAAGGACAUUGCUGAGUAGUUCUCCCUAUAGCAACGUGUGUGUGUGUAUAUGUGUGGUUGAGUCAUUCACUUCAGUUUGUUUUUGGUUCCUCAGGCAGAGCUGACAAAUUUAGAUUGCAGCAAGUCUAAAAAUGUUGAGAAAACAGCAGAAAUACAUAAUUGGAGAGUAGUCAGUCAUUAAGAUUGUUUGCCCAACCCUGUCAACAGUUUCAGCCAGGACACGUCAUACACUCUCAAAAACAGAGUGAGGAGUACAUGUUUGUGUCGUGUUUGUAUCAUGUUUGUAUUGGAUCAGGUCUUUGUCAUAGCACUUGUAAUUGGUCUUUUUUAAGUCACUUUCUUUUUCUUCCAAAACCAAGGAAAUAGGGGAACAUGAAAGAGAAAAAUAGCACAGUGAUUCACUGCAUAUUUCCCAAAGAGUAGACCAUUGUUUGUACGUUUUGGUGACAUGGGGUACGCUACUGCAUUUGUAACUUUAAAGGUACAAAUUGGGGAUAUGAAAUAGAGGGUUAGUACUUGUACAAGCUACUACCCCAGUGAUGCGUAUUUGUUCUCCAAUAUGUACACAUCUGCUGUAUGCCUCCUUCUGAGAAUGUUGGUUACCUGCUCAGUUAAAUGAAAGAAAAACAAUUAAAUUCAACUUAAUUGUAUAUUGUAAAAAAAAAAACUCUUCUUUGGAAUUGGGAUCAAUAAUUCGCUCCGGUCAGACCUCAUGAUCCUGUUCUGAUGAUGUCAUGUUAAGUUUUAGACAUUUGACCACCCUGACCAUAGUACAAAUGACACUAUUUGUACUAACAUAAUGAAUCUGCUCACAUUAAAGAAUAACAGUGGAGCGGAACAGAACACGAGGUGACAGGAUUGAACCUGAUCAUUCAUGCUGCAGUGGUUCCCAGUAGGUUAUUCUUGUACCGUUGCUCUGGUGAAAACGGUUGUAUCAUUGUUUACAGUGCUGUGGUCACAUGGUCAGGGUGAAGGCAAGGUUAACCACAGCUCGUCUGUUGAUCUCACACCCAUUGACAUGCACUGACAUGCGUGUAAUUGUGCUGGUCCAUAUCCUAAGACAAAGCCCAGAACUAUGCACUCCAUGGUUCACAGAAGAAUACGGCAGGAUAUCACCUUCUUUAGGACUUGGGAGUAAUAUGGUCAAAAUAACAGUGACCUAAAGGUAUACUCUUAAGUAUGUGAUGUCAAUGUCAGGCCACAUUUUCAUAUGGGGUUUUAAGGAACAGGUAGAUUGCAGGGAUUAUUCUAUAAGACUAAGGUGUUCCCAAACAAAUUUCCCAAAAUGUCAAACUAUUCUUUCAAGAUUUGGGCCUUAAUUUGUGUUAACACAGUCACUUUGAGUUACUAACAAUAACACUAAUUUGCUAGCUGUAUGUAAAAUUCUGCUUUUCCUCACGUUGAAACAAGUUUCGCAAGAAUGACUCUCAAUUUGUAUCAAUGCUGUCGUUGAUAAAAUGAUCAAUUUUUAGGUCUUAAAAAUCUUUCCAGCUCCUUUAACCUAAUCACAGAUAAUGACCUUAUCAUGAGUACAGAAGCAGAACUUAGUUCGUAGUUGGAACUUCAUAGAAGUGAUUUAGAGAAUAACUUUGGAGAUAGAGCCUCUCCCUUUUUUCGAAUUAUAGGACCGUGAAUGCAUAAUACUAAAAAUAAACUUUCGGGGAACAUCAAAGUCAUGUGAAUAACUCACAUUGUUAUCAUUCUACGGUCAUGGUGUUGUGUCCUCAUCAGAGGCUGUGUUUUAGUUGAUGGUGAUGAGUAAUAAGAUCUGGUGUUUCUUCUGUGACUCAUCGUCACCUCUGAUCCGGUCACAAGCCAUAAAGAAGGUUUCCAGUGAAUCAGUCUUUCGUUCACUUCCUUGUUUUUUACUUCCUUGUUCUUUUGGCCUUGACCCCACUUUGUUUUAGCAUCCCAUCCUGUAAAAGGAUUUUUAGGAUUACUAAGGCUGACCGGGUUUGAACUCGCAUACGGUAUCUGUGUGGGCCAAAGAUAUUUAACAUCUGCUGACCUGCAGAGAAAAUUCUCACUUCCCCUAUGACUUUCAUUCUUACACACCCUGCACGUCGCUUCCCGUAUAGCUGCCCAUAUGAUCAGUCAUGGAGGAACAGCAGCGAAUCGAUCUGACUUACAUCACCGAACGCAUCAUCACCAUAUUCUGCCCUCCUGGAUGUCCAGAGAAGAUCUACCUGCAGAACCUGCAGGAGAUUAUUCUCAUGCUGCAGUCCAAGCAUGGACACCACUACAUGCUCAUCAACCUCUCACAGAAAAACAAAACUCUCACCCAAAUGAACCACAAGGUUUUGGACACAGGUUGGGUGGAUCUCCUGGCCCCUGACCUGGAUCACAUCUUUAGUGUGUGCAGGACAAUGAAGAACUGGCUGCAAACACAUCCGAAGCACGUCCUGGUGUUACACUGCAGGGGAUGUAAAGGCCGGCUCGGAGUUCUAGUGGCUUCUUACAUCCACUUCAGCAACAUGUCAGCCAGUGCAGAACUUUCUCUCGACCACUUUGCCAUGAGGAGGUUCUACAAUGACAAACUGUCGGCUCUGAUGACCCCCUCGCAAAAACGGUAUGUGUGGUUGCUGGGAAGCAUGUUGAAGGGCGGACUGAGGAUGUGUCCCUCGCCGUCUUUCCUCCUGUGUGUUGUUCUGCACGGUCUUCCCAAAAUACGACCAGAUGGAGCAUGUAGUCUCUUCCUGAGAGUCUACCAGAGUCUACAAGCUGUUUGCACAUCAGCAGUCUACCAUGUUAAUGCAGCCCAGACAGACCGCCUCUACUUUGUGCUCCAGCCAGCUCAGCUGCUCAAAGGGGACAUCAUGGUGGUUUGUUAUGAUAAAAACAGCCAGUCAGCCAGCCGUCAGGUCGUCUUCCGUCUCCAGUUUCAUACGGGCCUCGUACUCGGACACACCCUCACUUUCUGUAAGGCCGACCUGGACUGUGCCAGUGAAGAUGCCCGGUUCCCAGAAGAUGGAAAAGUGGAGCUGUUGCUUUCCGACAGCCCUGAAAAGAUUACAGGCAGAGAAGUGUGGAGCAACGGACGCUGUGUGACGGUGGACUAUAACACCUUAGACCCUUUGGUUAGACGAGAUUCAUACCAAGACACGUCUUCUCUUGAGACAGCUCCACCUCACGUCCUGGACCCUGGAAAUGGCAGUUUGUUUGCCAGAGUGAGGAAGAAGAGUAGUGAGGAAGGAGCGUCGUUCCGCCUGACCACCAGCAGCCCCAGCUGCAGUGACCAAGCUCCGUCUGCCAGCAGUGACUCAGGCCUGUCUGUUGUGUCUCAGGGGUGGACCGGAGCCGGAGGGAGCAGGGGGGCUGCACGGGACAAGUGUACCCAGGCAGGGAAGCUGCUCUCCGGGUUGGACUUUGAGAUUGCUCAGCCUCUUCUGGAGGUCAUGACUGAGCUUGCUGCGUCCAGCGGAUGGGAGGGGGAGAUGACUGGAGACGACCCUGAACUGGGACACACUAUCAAUGGAGAGGCCUCGUCCAGCGAGAGGGAAACUGACAUAUUAGAUGAUGAGGAGGACGUAGAUGGCGUAGCACCUCCCGCUUCAGACAUGCCGAGCUCAAGCAGCAUCUGCUCCGUCUCCUCUGAGAACCUGCCUGAAACUCAGAGAUCAGCCCACGCCGAGUACUCCACGCACUCCUGGGUUCGGCAGCAGCAGAUGGUUGACGUCGUCACUGAUGCCUCCAUUCAAGUUGAUGGGGAAGAGAGGUUGAGCCGGCUGAGAAAACAGAGGCCGCCGCCUCUGGUGGCUCCUAACACCCCACCUCGAGGACUCACCAGCAGGGAAGCGGUGCAGAGGGGGCCGGCAAACGAGGAUGGCGGGCACAACGUCACACAACACACAGAUGUUACACACGACAUACAGUCCGUUAGUACCGCACUCGCUUCAUCUUGCCAAGAUGAGGAUUUGUCGUCGUUAACCACAGAUAUUGACGAGUCCAUAGAGCAGCUGAACCUGCUGAUUCUGGAUCUGGACCCCACCUUUAUUCCCGUUCCCACCAGCUGUGCCCCCCUGUCCCGCUCUGCCCCCCUCCACUCCAAUGGCCUCAGCCACACGGGAAAUACCCAUCUGUCAGGUUGGAAGCAGCAGAUGCAGGUCAGUGACGUGACGGACUACGCUGGUCUCCAUUCUCCAGGAUGGAGGCGGGAUGGUGCUCAGAGCUUUAGAGGCUCGCCCGUCUGCACUCCACCCUUCUCACCAUCUCAGCAUGGACAUCUCUACAAAACCAACACUGUGGACUAUCGGGGACAGACAGACAGCCCUGACAUUGUCCCAGCUACUCCGUCCUUCCCAGUGUCUCCUCCGACGCCCUACGUGAAACAUUUCUCAGAGUUGUCCCCGCUCAGGACUGGUGGGCAGUGGGACCAACACAGCUGGACACAAGAUUCCCGGAGUUUCCUGGACAGCAUGAACCACGCCGGCGGCUCCACAGAGGGAGAGCUGUUCAGAUCAGAAGUGUCGGUCACUCCCGCUUCCUGUCAGAGGAUCUUUGGCUCCAUGUGCUCCAUGUCAUCAGACAUCAGCCCCCUCACACACACAGACAGCUCCACUCCUCCUCCUGUGUGGCAUGACCAAACUCCAAACUCCCUGAACUCCCCGUAUUCCCUCCAGCCCUCACCUCCCCUCUCCCUCAGCACUCCCAAUGCCCACAGCUCACCCCGGGGGGCUCUGAGAGGCCUGGGUGGAGGUUCGGGGGUCCGCAGGGAGACAGACAGUGCGGACUUGUCCUCGUUGUUGUUGGGGAACGGCAGCCUGGAGCACAGCCUGCUGGAGGCCAUGGAUGGCCUUGGGAGUCUGAACCUCGGGGGAGACGGGGGCCUCCCUCCACUGCUGCCUGAGAAGAGGAGAGGGGGCGAGGGGGGAGAGCUUGGCUCCCGCUCCCCGUCUCUAAGCGGGUUUUCCAGCCCUUACAGUGGCAGCAGUCUCAGCAUCCCUUUCUCAUCCUCCGUGACCCCCGACCCCUUCAGGGGACUCAGCGGGGCCCCGUCGCCUGGACCAGACUUUGGCAGUAAGCAGGACACUGUGAAGUUUGUUCAGGACACUUCCAAGUUCUGGUACAAGCCCGACAUUUCAAGAGACCAAGCCAUCACACUGCUAAAGGACAAAGAGCCGGGCUCGUUCAUUGUCAGAGACAGCCAUUCAUUUCGCGGGGCGUACGGGUUGGCUAUGAAGGUGGCCACGCCCCCUCCGUCUGUGUUACAACAGAGUAAGAAAGUGGGAGACCUGUCCAAUGAGCUGGUGAGACACUUCCUGAUAGAGUGCUCGCAGAAAGGAGUUCGCCUUAAGGGCUGCCCCAAUGAGCCGUACUUUGGAAGUCUCACAGCUCUGGUGUGUCAGCACUCCAUCACCCCUCUGGCUCUGCCCUGUAAACUCAUCCUGCCUGACAAAGACCCGGUGGAGGAGCUCAAUGACUCAUCUGCACAGACGGCAACCAAUUCAGCAGCUGAGCUCCUCAAACAGGGAGCAGCGUGUAACGUGUGGUACCUGGGCUCUGUGGAGCUGGAGUCUCUGACAGGACAUCAGGCGGUUCAGAAGGCCACCACGCUGACCCUCUCCAUGGACCCCCCUCCGGCGUCCACCGCCGUCCACUUCAAGGUGUCGGCGCAGGGGAUCACGCUCACUGACAACCAGAGGAAGUUGUUUUUCAGGAGACACUACGCGGUCAACACUGUCAUCUUCUGUUCUCUGGACCCACAGGGCAGGAAAUGGACGAGGGGCAGCGGUUCCACUGCAAAGAUCUUUGGAUUUGUAGCCAGGAAAUCUCAGAGUGAGACUGAAAAUAUAUGCCACCUGUUCGCUGAACACGACCCCGAGCAGCCGGCGAGCGCUAUCGUCAACUUCGUCUCAAAAGUCAUGAUCGGGUCACAUAAGAAGUGAGGGGGACACUCACCGCAGAGUGAAGAGCCUGGACUGGGGAUCAACUUCCAAACCCCAUCAUUGUAUAAAUAUGAGUGUGGAUUCAAAAAAAAAUAAACAAGCUCUUCCUCCCAAGAGCCACAAAAACCCCUCUAAACCCACACACUCCAGCACCCUGGUCCUGUUGGUCCAUCUGAACGGAUAAACUUGUGUAUUUUGUACUGACUGCACUAAAGGAUGCCGCCACCAGAGGAAGCCACGAUUGUCAUGUAGAAAGUUAAACUCAUCAGCAGGAGGCUUUAAGAUGGAUCCUUGGGAUUUAAAAAAAAAUAAAAAGUGGUAUAACAUCAGACCCUUUCCCCCAGGGGAUGUAGUAUGAAAAUCAGAUUUGUACUUAAUCUGACUGUAUCUUCAAGCAUACUCUAAAUGUAUCGUAUACUGACUUUGCUUUCUGCUAGCAGUCAUAGCCAAAACAAUACAACACAUUGACUGAUAAAACUUGGAGAAUAUCUGAUAUUCUGCACAUGAACAUUUUUUUUUAGUACGACUAUAACUUUAAAAGCUGUUUAUUUUUGGUAACGUGUGAAUCAGGUAUCAACAUCACUUUUGUGCAAGCCACAGGCCCAUGUUUGUAUAUUAAUUAAAACAAAAUCAAUGAUAUCAUCACAUGACAAAGCCAGUAAUGUGGUCGCCUUGUACUUAAGAUGGAUUUAUUGUGUUCUGUUUAUAGUAUUUAUCCCUUUUUACAGAUGUGACAGAAGCCUUUUUUCCCUAAAUACUGUAUACUUGUCAUAUAUUUUUGUAUAUUAACAUAGUGUACAUUAGGUUUAAAGGUAGUGAACCUUAGAAUUUACAUGUUUAUUUCACAUAUUGUUGAAGUAUUUCACAUACCAGUAAGAUACUACAUAAGCUGCCCCACUCAUACUUGUUGUAUUACUAAUACGGAUGUCGAUAUGUUCCUUUUACAGUAACUCAAUACAGAUUUAUGUAGAGUUAUUGUGCCAUGAAAAACGUUAUUCCGAGUGUCUCUAAUAAGAGAUCAAAUACAGUCACUGUGAGAAAUGUCACAAUUAAAGUCCACCUCACUAUUA